AUGCUUGGUUGGGUUUUGCGACGCGGUUCGGAACCCGCGAAAAGCGUCAAGGAAACAGGAGAUGACACCACGCAAAUCGAUGGGCCGGACACUCCGGCGCCAGUGUUCGCUGCGAGGGCUCUAAAAAACGCGAUUUUUGGAGAGAGCGAAAGGCAAGAGGACGAAACACGAGACCAAGCAGGGAUGGACAGCGACGCCGACGCCGGGAGGACUCCCACCCGACCGACACCCGCCGGCAUUCUCCUAACGCCAGGCACCGGUACCUCGAGGCCAAAACGCGUCUCGUUUGGAAAUGACGUGUUGGAAAAGGGCUCCAAAAAUGCGGGCACCAAGACGAGCGGGCGAGGAGGCCGCGAUUCGACGCGUCGACGAACGAGAUUAACGGAGUUACUAGAGAGUUCGAGGCAGAAGAAGGCCGCCCUAGUGGACAAAAAGCGGCCGAUGCCCGAACCCGAGAAGGAAGAUAGCGAGGAUGACGAAUGGGAGGAGGACGAUGAGGACGAUGCCGAUGACGACGAUGACGACGACUGCUGCAAUCACGAUAUCACGGUGGACCUGAACGAGCCUCACUCACAGUCUGGGAAAUACUGGAAGACGAGCUUCGAGACGUACCACAGCGACGCCAAAACGGAAAUGGAGAAAUUGCUCAAGUAUAAGCAGCUAGCAAAAUCCUACGCCAAAAUGAAGGAUGCGGAGGCGAUCGAUUUAAACGAGAAGCUACGGGAAGAGCAGGAAAAGGUCGCCGAGAUGGAAAAGAGGCUAGGGGACAUGGCUGCCCAGAUCGCUACGAAGCGUCUAAGAGGAGGAGAGAGGGAAACUCCCGAGCUGAUGAGGAACCUCGCGAAACAGACUGCCCUCGCCGUUCAGUACCGCAGCCAGGUCAGGGAGCUUGAGUCGCUACUAAAAAGCAUCAAGGACGAUGGGAAGCAAGCCCGAGCGUCUGCUGCACAGUCUCAAGUGCAGCGGGUGCUUGCCCAGACCCAGGAAGAGCUUAAGCAGGCUCUGGCAGACCUCGAUGACCGCCAGAAAGAGUUGGUGCGCGUCAAGGCCCAGCUCAACAAAGAAUCCAACGCCGGACAGCGCGCAACACAAGGCCAUGGUGAUGAGUCGCCCUAUGUUCGAGAUCUGCUCUCUCAGCUACGGGACGCGAAAGCAGAUAGUCGUAGCAAGGAUGCAGAGCUCACACGCCUCAAGAAGGAGUUUGAACUCUUCCAGCAAGAAGUGGUCACGGAAAAGGAAGAAUCCAACAGGGUCUUGUCGAAGGCGAUGACCAAGAUCUCGGAGCUGAAGAGAGAGUUACGCAACGCUAAGACUCCGAAGCCAGAGCAAAGCGCCCGUCCGCGAAGCUUCCAUGCCACAACGACCACCGAAGACGCAAAGAGGAAUUCAGUUGAGGUCAAGCCUGACCUUCACCUCGACCUCCAAGAUCUGGCGCGCCUCACCAACUCGGCUUCUCCGCCUCCCGAAACAUCGGGUCGGGCCAGCAACAACGUCGUCGGUGAUGCGGAUGGGAGGAGGGUGCGGACAACCCAGACGUCUCGCAGGCUCCGUGACAAGUUCCUGCAGGAACCAGACGAAUAUAGAGUGGACCUCAAGGCCGAACCUAGCCGCCGUAAUAUCCUCACGGACCAAGUAAACCUGGGGAGGCCCAAGUGGAAAGAAUACGUCCCGCGAUCCCCCGAAACCGAGCCUAUCUUAGAGACAUUGAGCGGCGAAGCGGGACCGGAGGCGAUCGACAAGGAGGAAGACGAUGAAGACCAGCCAAAGCUUGACUCCCUCAAGGAGCGUUUCAAGAACCUGAGCCGACCAGACGCCGCGGAUAUCGCAGCCCCGGUCGCCGCCGAGCCCUCGAGGCGCAUUCUCACGACGGACAGGCGCGCAGCCGCCGAGGCUCGAAUCGAUCGGCGCAAGGCGGACCGUAUGCGAGCCAUUGCGGGGACACUCAAGUCCCUAGACAAGGAAAACGUGCGGCCGAAUAUCGGGAAACGGGCGUACGAGCCGACGAGGGCGGGCUUGUAG